GCGAUUGGUGCAAAGAGGGAGGCAAUGUGCGCGUGCGCAUUGUUACUCAAGCUUUGAGAGCCUUGCACUACUUUUACAGCUAGGGUGGCUGCGUUGUCUCCCAGGCAGUUCCUUCCCGAGGUGCUUCUGCCGUGUGAGGAACUAGCCGGCCCCAGCACUGCGGGCGGAAGACGCCCCCUCCCCCGGCCGGACAUAGGAGCUAUGGCUGAGAAUGGAGAGUUAUGGGGAGCCAGUGAGGCUGAACUGGACCCAGUGGAGUACACUCUUCGAAAACGGCUUCCCCAUCGUCUUCCCCGAAGACCAAAUGACAUCUAUGUUAAUAUGAAGACUGACUUCAAGGCCCAGCUGGCUCGAUGUCAGAAGCUUCUGGAGGGUGGUGGAGGGGGUAGGGGACAGGGUGGGUGUCCUGAGAUUUACAUUCAUGGCCUGGGCCUGGCCAUUAAUCGAGCCAUCAACAUUGCCCUGCAGUUGCAGGCUGGAAGCUUUGGGGCCUUGCAAGUAGCUGCCAACACUUCCACUGUGGAACUGGUAGAUGAGCUGGAGCCUGAGACUAACACUCGGGAGCCAUUAACCCGAACCCGAAAUAACUCGGCCAUCCAUAUUCGAGUCUUCCGUGUUACACCCAAGUAGUUGGAAUGGAGUUCUGCUUUCUCACCUGGAUAGCCAUAUUUUCCUCUCUACAUUAUGCUGGACCAUGGUUCUCCUUUUCACUUUUCCUACUCUGGGCUCUUGGGAAUCUUGCUUCCCUGCCCAUUUUUCAGGCUCUUAAAGAGAAAUCCUGGUAUGGGUUUUUGAGUUUUCUGCCCCUAUCCUAGAGAAGGCCAUUGGUUCAGGGUCCUGAAAUUUAAAAAAAAAAAAAAAAAAAAAGACUGUGACGGAAAAAUUUGUUUGUUUUUUUGUUGUUGUUGUUUGGGUCUGAGUAAAUUUUUUUUUCAGAAACCAGAAUCUUCUUUCUUUCUGACCUUUCUGUAUCACUGUUUUAGUGUCUGUCACCCCACAGUUUUUCUCCCAUAGGAUUCCUGGCCACUGAAAGGGAGGGGGAUCUUUCAUUUCCCGUCUGUGAAGCCUUCCUUCUGAUUGGUGGAUCCAUGUUUUUCCCUCACCACUUUCUCAUUCUACUUCAUAAAUCCUUUCUAGAUGAUAAAUGAAUGAAAAAGCAUUUGAGUAAGCUCUUAUGUUGUACAGGCCUCUAUGCUAAGUGUUAGGGACAUAAAAUAGAAAAGUGAGAGAAUCUCAUUCUCCAGGAAUUCAUUCACAUCUCAAGACCUAUCGAGGGAUCCUCAUAGGAGGGCUCAUAUACAGUAUAGAUGAAAAGGCCUACUACUCCUAAAGGUAUAGCAGGAGUGCAAAUGAUAAAGAUAUAUCCAACAUGCUGGAGGCUUUUAUAUUUCUCAGGGGUAUUAAUGUACUAGUAUUUCUCAUUGCUUGCCAUUCAUGUUUUAAAAUGAUUGUGAACUAGAAAAUCAUGACCAAUCUCAUAUACAAGGAUAGCCAAAAAAGCAAGGAUUGUUUCUAAUGUUAUGAGAUAAAAAUUGUUCUGGUUUUGCUCAUUUCACUUGAUCAACCCAAGUUUUCCCAGGCUUUUUUUUUUUUUUUUUUUCAGUAGUUGUCAUCAUAUCUGUUUAUACAUCCACAUACCCAUAAUUGCAUUUUUUAUCCCAAUUGAGGGGUUUCUAAUUGCUUUAUUUGGGGGUAUUGACAAUUUGGUUUUUUUCUCUUGGGUAUAUUAGCUAAUAUCUUGUCUAUUAAGUUUUUUCCCCCUUAAAGCCAGACCCUAGUUUUAUCAUUUCAUUUUUUUUUGAUUUUCAAUUUGUUUCUUUGAUUUUCAACAUUUCUGUUUUUUGCAUGCCUUUAGUAGAUAAUUUUUUAGUUGUUUAAUUCUUUGAUCUCUUGUUAAUGAAAAAUGUUCAGUGAUAUCCAUCUCCCUACAAAUAUUAUUUUAGCUAUAUCCCAAAAGUUUUGUCUCAAUGUUGUAAUUUUGUGGUAGAAUUUUGUUUCUGUGAUUUGUUCCUUGAUGACUAAUUCUUUAGAAUUCAAUUAAUAAGUCUCCUUACAGUUUUAAACUCUCCUCAAAGGCUUUUUAUUGUGUAUAAUUUUUAUUUUAUUGUAGCCAGCAAAUAUUUAGUAAAUAGUGAUCAGUAACAAUAUUUCAAUUUUUAUGUAUUUGUGCAGUUUUAUGCCCUAAUGUCAUACCUAGACAAUUAAAAAAAGUCACAUUUUAUAGUCCUAUUCAGUAAUCAUCAUAGAUCUUAUUAACUUUUUUAAGCUUUAGAUUUUUUAUUAUUUAUCUUUUUGUUAGAUGUAUCUAAGUCUAAAAGGAAUCCUCAGCUAAUAAUAGUUUAGCCACUAAUUUUUCCUGGUAAUUCCAUGAACUUUUCUUUCAAGUACUUAGAUGGCAUGCCUUUUGGUGUGUAUAAUGAAGUAAUGAUAUUAUCUAUUGUGUCUUUAAAUAUAACUUUAUUGUUGCCUUGUCUAAGA